GUACAAAAAAGUAAAUGUAAACAAAAAUCCGGUAAAUUUCCAUCGUUGUCUCUAAAUUUUCCAACUUUUCCAUGUCUGACUUCUUUAAUCAAGAGAAAAAAACCCGAAUUGGUUGUAAAAAAUGCGGUUAUCCAGGUCAUUUAACGUUUCAAUGUCGCAACAUGAUACAAAUCGAUCCAAACAAGAAGCCCCUAACUGUCGAUGACAACAAUGAAAGCGAUUCCAGUGUCGAACUCGACUAUUUGACGCCUUUGCAGGAGUUGCAUUUGAAGGAAAUGGCAGAAGCUGCUGAGAAAAAGCGUCAAAAAGAGCUACGGAAGAAGGCGAAAAAGGAGAAAAGCAAGAAGAAACGAAAGAAAAGGAGAAGUUCGUCGUCUUCGGAUUCAAGUAGUGAGGCGUCAAGCUCUUCGGAGGACGAAAGUGACUCGGAUUCAGAUAGGCACAAGAAGAAAAAGAAGAAAAAACACAAGAAAUUGAAGAAACAAAAGAAGAGUAAAUCGAAAAAGUCGAGAAAACGAUCGAGUUCGAGCUCGUCUGACUGAAAAAAUGCCUCGUAUAUUGUAAUAACGUUUUAUUUUCUCAUGAUAUAAGUGUUACAGUUCUCAUAAAAAUUUUAAACUUUUUUUUAUAAUAUAUUGACAAGUAAUAAGGACAAGCAAAGCGA